AUGAGACGUGUUUUCGACGAAUCAGCUCAAAUGAAAGAGAAGAUGAGCAUAGAAGAAAUACUAUACCAAGGUCCCGUACUUUUACGUAACCUUAUCGUCAUACUCAUACCUUGCAGAAUUCUGCCCACUCUACCAAACAUCGAGAAUGCAUUUUUGAUGGUAGCACUCAUUCGUCUAAUAUUAGCGCGUAUCGAUUUACCCGUGUGCCGUUUGGUCUAAUAUGCUUCGCUUUCCUUUUAUCCAGAACCAUCCACCAUCACAUGACGAGAAUGGCAACCAUUUGGUCACCAACGUAG